CUCAACUUCAAGGCCCUUCUUAAGCGCCUCAUUCCUUGCCUUCUUCUUUCUCACUCAUUCACAACAAACCUCUGAGAAGUAAGAUGUCAUCUGAACUCUGCUCUCUCUUUCUUCCGCUAUCCGCAUGUUCAGCCAUGCUCACUUUUGAUGUUUUCAUCGGUGUUAUGUCCCUCGUGGCCAUUUUCGGCUACUGGCUGGUUCCCGGUGGUCUCGCUUGGGCUCUGUCCAAGUUCAGACAGGGAAAACCUCUCACCAACAAACCUGCCAUUCCCGGACCUUCUGGUUUUCCGGUGGUGGGUCUUGUUUAUGCUUUCACAGGGUCUCUCACUCACAGAGUCCUUGCUAAGCUUGCUCACACCUUCGAUGCCAAGCCUCUGAUGGCAUUCUCGGUUGGGUUUACUCGUUUCAUCAUCUCAUCUCACCCUGACACUGCCAAAGAGAUUUUGAGCAGUUCAGCUUUCGCCGACCGUCCUAUCAAGGAGUCUGCUUAUGAGCUCCUCUUCCACCGUGCAAUGGGGUUUGCCCCGUACGGUGAGUACUGGAGGAACCUGAGGAGGAUUUCCGCCACUCACAUGUUCUCUCCAAAGAGAAUCGCCGCCUCCGGCGGGUUCCGGUCUGAGGUUGGGGCUCAGAUGGUGAAAGACAUCGUGGACCUGAUGAGGAGAGAUGGUGAGGUAGAGGUGAGGAAGGUGUUGCAUUUCGCGUCCUUGAAUAACGUGAUGAUGAGCGUGUUUGGGAAGAGUUAUGUGUUUGGUGAGGGUGGUGAUGGGUGUGAGCUUGAGGAGUUGGUGAGUGAGGGGUAUGAAUUGCUUGGGGUGUUUAACUGGAGUGAUCACUUUCCACUUUUGGGUAGGUUGGAUUUGCAAGGUGUGAGGAAGAGGUGUAGGAGUUUGGUGGAAAGGGUGAAUGUUUUUGUCGGAAAAAUCAUUGCGGAGCACCGGGAGAAGAGGGCUGCUGCAGGCGAGGACAAGGCCAAGGAGGAUAAUGAGAGCUCCGGCGACUUUGUUGACGUGCUUCUGGAUUUGGAGAAAGAGAACAGGCUCCAACACUCUGACAUGGUUGCUGUUUUGUGGGAAAUGAUCUUUCGGGGGACUGAUACAGUGGCAAUACUCCUUGAAUGGAUUCUUGCGAGGAUGGUUCUACACCCUGAAAUCCAAGCAAAGGCUCAAUCUGAAAUAGACUCUGUUGUUGGGUGUGAGCGGAGUGUGAAUGAUGAUGACCUUGCCAAGCUUCCUUACGUGAGGGCCAUAGUGAAGGAAACUCUGAGGAUGCACCCACCGGGUCCUCUUCUGUCAUGGGCCAGGUUUUCCAUCCACGACACAGAAAUUGGAAACCACUUUGUUCCAGCUGGUACGACAGCCAUGGUUAACAUGUGGGCCAUCACUCAUGACGAAGAAGUGUGGUCUGAACCGGAAGAGUUCAAACCGGAGCGUUUUGUGAAGGAGGAGGUGCACAUGAUGGGUUCCGAUCUGAGGUUGGCACCUUUCGGGUCUGGGAGAAGGGUGUGCCCUGGGAAAGCCAUGGGUUUGGCUACGGUUGAGGUUUGGGUUGCGAUGUUGCUGCAAAAGCUGAAAUGGAUGGGUGGUGAUUGUGGCGUGGAUCUGUCUGAACGCUUGGAACUGUCUAUGAAAAUGAAAUGCUCUCUCAUCACCAAAGUUGUUCGGAGGCAUGCUCUUUUCGUGCCUUCUGUAACCCAUUCUGCUUGAUCAAUCAAUCAAUCAAAAGAUAGGCUUCUUUUGUAACCUAAAGGGUUGGAGUAUCCCACAGUUUUACUCCUCUUAAUAAUUAGUAUUUCUUUCCCAUCAAA